AUGGAGUGGCCGGCAGCAGGGUGCUCGAUCGCGCUCGUCUCUUUGCUCGCGCUCUGGAGCAGCGCCGCAUCCGUUGCAUCGCUGUCAGCGGCGGCACCGGUGCAGGUUGGCGUGCUGCUGGACCUGACGAGCGACGUGGGGAGGGAGAGGCGCGCCUGCAUUUCCACGGCGUUAGACGACUUCAACGCCGCCCAGUACGCCAGCUCCGGCGCCGCCGCCGCCGCGCGGCGGGUCGAGCUGCGCGUGCGGGACUCGCGCGGGGAUCUCGCCGCGGCCGCACACGCUGCCGAUGACCUGAUCAAGAAUGGGCAAGUGCAAGCCAUCAUAUGGGCCACUGAGACACUGACCAAAUCAGACCGCGCCGCACACCACCGCAAUCACAUUCCGGUUCUCUCCUUCUCCGGCAUUUCUCCAACAUUGUGUGCCUUCUGGCUGGAAGAUCAUGUAGCAGGUUCCCAGGGUCAUGUCAAGUUUGGAUUUACACUUGGAAGUGAUAGUAUAACCUUUCCUAAUCCAGAACCUGAUAGAAGAUAUAGCAGAAGACUAGAAACAAGAAAAUCAAGGAAGAAUUGUAGAGGUGAGACAGGGCUGAAGAUUGCUGUGCCACUGAAACUAGGUUUUGAAGUUUUUGUGAAUGUUAUUGAUCCUAUCUCCAAGAAACAAAAUGUCACUGGCUACAGCAUUGAUAUCUUCAAGGCUGCUAUGAAGAAUUUACAUCGUCAUCCGUGCUAUACAUUUUUUGUCUUCAACGGUACUUACGAUGAGCUAGUAGGCGACGUCUCAUCAGGGAUGUAUGAUGGUGCAGUAGGCGACGUGACCAUAACGGCGGAACGAGUCAUCACCACCGACUUUACAAUGCCAUACACACAGUCUGGUGUGUCUAUGCUUGUGCUUGCCCAGGAUGAAUCGGAUACAAUCCGUUGGACAUUUGUAAAGCCACUAAAUGGGAAGCUUUGGUUUGCAACCAUGGUCUUCCUCUUCUAUACUGGCUUUGUCGUGUGGAUGAUUGAACUACCCAGAAAUCAGGAGUACCAAGGAUCAAGUUUGAGACAGUGUAGCACCGCCCUCUACUUCGUUUUCUCCACUUUGACAUUUUCUCAUGGCCAUACUAUUAGAAGCCCCUUGUCAAAAAUUGUGGUGGUGAUAUGGUGCUUUGUAGUGCUGGUUCUUGUCCAGAGCUAUACAGCAAGCCUGUCAUCCAUUCUGACUGCAAAGAGGCUCCGUUCUUGGAUGACAGAUUUUGACCAGCUGCGGCACAGUGGUGACUUUGUAGGAUACCAAGAUGAUUCAUUUGUGCGGUCCUUCUUGAUGAAUCAUAACAUCAGUGAAAACAGGUUAAGGAACUACACCACGAAAGAAGAAUAUGCUGAUGCUUUGUGGAAGGGGUCCAAUAAUGGAGGGGUGUCGGCUAUCGUCGAUGAGAUCCCCUAUUUGACUUCUUUCCUCUCAGACCGUCGGUAUGGAAAUGAUUUUAGGAUGCUCGGGUGCAUAUACAAGACUCCUGGAUUUGGUUUUGCAUUUCGUCUAGGUUCUCCGCUAGUUCAUAAUCUUUCGACUGCCAUCCUGAACCUAGCAGGAGGGGAUGAGGGAUCACGAAUCGAAGUGAAAUGGUUUGGCACAACUUCAUCGCCGAUAGGUGCUGGCACAAUCCCAGACACUGAUUCCGCGCCUCUUACUUUAGAAAGCUUCUCUGGUCUCUUCGUCAUCACUGGAUCCAUUUCAACUCUCAUGCUUCUGAUAAGCAUAAUGAGGUUGAUUCAUGCCAAAUGCACUGAGUUGAGAAUGGCUGAUGUGGAAAGUGUCAGCUACAGUGGCACCAACGAUGAGUCCCAUCUGUUGCAGAAUGGCACAGGUGACAACCCCAGCCUUGAUCAACAACCCUUCCAUGAAGCUCGCAAUAAUAAUUCUGGGGGCGUCCAUAUGAGCAGCGAAAAUGUUGGAGACACAGAGCUUGACACAUUGCAGCAGAAUGGCAUGCAUGGUGGCUCUGUCCCUGCAGGACACAUUCAGAUUGAGAUGCGCGAUAUCUAA